AUGUCGAACUUUACGCAGGUUUGCUAUAAGGGCAGCGCCCCUCACCUAGCCCAAUUGCGGACCUAUACGCCAUGCGAUCCCACGAGCGCAUCCUCCAUGUGUUGUCGCAACAUAGAGGAAAAUCCGAACAGGAGUGUUGACUGGUGCUUGCCCAAUGGACUGUGCUCGAACUUCGGCAACGAUGUAGGGAGCCUCGACGGCCAGACAUAUUGGAUCGAAAGCUGCAGUGAUCCGACGUGGUCCGCCGAGGAGUGUGCACCGUUCAGACGGUACUUUCAAGCGCGAGGGUGUUCCGUCGAUGGGGAGGGCAAUGCACAACUGGGCUAUUGUAGCGAGACCGGCAAUUAUUGCUGCCGCAAAAGUUCGAGCACGAACGACUGCUGCGAUACCAGCGACGACGACAACUUGGUCGUCGAGCGACCGAUAGCCUCAAUCGUGCCUGCAACGAUCUCAGUCGCUGGAGUCGUCUCGACUGUGCCAGUACCUACGAUGCUUGCUACGUCUACCGCAAUUCCCACACCAACUUCUGCCGUUGCAGACACCACAUCGACGGGACUUUCUGUCGGCGCAAGUGUCGGAAUCGGGGUAGGAGCCACGAUGGCUGUCGUUGCGCCCCUGCUGGGCAUCGUCUACCUGUUUAUGAGACGGAAGAAGCGGAAGUACACAUCGGCAGGGCUAGGAAGCGGCGCUAAUGGGUACCUGAAGUCUGCUGAUGCUGCCACAUCGGUCGUGGAGUCAGGAGGCCGCCACAGAUAUGAGUUGCCGCAGAGCCCAUAUCGACAGGAAAUGCAAUAG